UUCAUCGUAAUUUCUUAUCAAAAGUUUCAAUUUUAUCAAAACGCUUUUAUCAAUAUUGAUAAAUGCAGUUAACAAUUUAUUUUCCAGCCGUGUAAUAUGUAUUUGUUAUUAGAAAUUUAGAUUAAGCAUAGUACCUAUCUACGUCUUAUAGUGAUAUUUUAUAUUAGUUUUAAUUUUUUAAGUUUCGAACCAAGAACACUGGCUAGAAUCCUUAAAUAUUGUUUAAUUACCUUAAAAAUGACGGCGCCAACACCCGUUAAGUCAUCGUGUAUAUUCUGCAACAUCGUGAACAAAUUGGAGAAUACCGAAAUAUUAUAUGAAGAUAAUGAAAUAUGCGUAUUCCGAGAUAUAAAGCCAGCUAGUCGUUUUCAUAUACUUACCGUUCCAAAACGGCAUAUUCAAGAUGCUAAAUCGCUUACUUCGGCCGAUAAAGAGUUAGUGUCCAACAUGCUGUCCGUAGCCAAAGAAAUGCUGAGCAAAAACAAUCUGUCAGUUGAAGAUGCGAGGUUUGGGUACCAUUGGCCCCCAUUCACAAGUAUCAAGCAUUUGCAUUUACACACCAUAGCGCCAGAGUCUGAAAUGGGAUUUAUAGGGAAAUUGAUAUUUCGGAAGGAUUCAUAUUGGUUUGUUUCUCCGGAAUAUGUGGAAUCAAGACUAUGAUGAACAAGAUACUGUAUAAAUAUAUUUGCUUAGAUAAAUAUAUCUUUGGAAUUCUCUAUGGAGAGUCAAGUAUUAGAAAAUGGUCCAAAAACGGUCAACCUACACUAACGUAUAAGCUGACAGAUAUUGUUUUUAAAAUAAAACAUUACGCGCCAUUUCCCAGUGUUGCAAGUAAUUCAAUUAAAAAUUCCCCAGAUCAGUUGACUUUUUACAUAUUGUAUACGAAUUAAUUAACAUGUUUUAAUCAAAAUGGGAUACAAUUUCAGUGAUCGUGGUAAUGAAUAUAAUAUUUAUUUAUUUAUUUAAACUUUAAUGCACAGUAAAAUUCUAUCUACAUAUGGCGGACUUAAUAUUCAAAUUUACACAAUUUUGUACAACAAUUAGUCCAUUGCCUUAAGGUUGUCUUGAAAAUAUUAGCUAACGAUAAUAACGACAGCAAUAAAACCGCCUUACUGUACUUAUACAAUUGUAUCGUUGUGUUUGUAAAUUGUCUUGCUUAUUUCCUAUAUUGUAUAAUGCAAAUAAAGUAUACUCAUUCAUUCAUUCAUUUAUUCUCAGAAAUGUAGAUGGGAGAAUUUUGUAUUGUUUUUAUUUUUCAAUUUAACAUUAUAUUUUAUUGUAUGGUAUUUAUAUGGUAUUUACUUGUGUUGACCAACUAUGUAAAGGUUUACUAUAAAUAUUAUUUCUUUAUAAAUAAAUUAUUUUUCUUUGUAGAAUUUUAUAUGUGUAUGAUUGGAGUUUAGAAAUAAACGUUUAUUAUUAUGGUUUAAA